GUUUGCUGCCUGACUGUACCCUGCCGGAGACGGUCCAACUGAAAAAAGAGAUACCGUAGCAAGCUAACAUUUCCCUGUGCCAGCUAGAUAGUCGUACAAUGAGAGAUAUUUUGCAACAGCCGAAUAGUAAUUAAGUGGCCGACAUAUAAAUUGAAACACGUUUGGCCAUCCAAAUGGUGAUCAUGUCAGGCACAGCCACUGUGCUGCAACAGUUUGUCGGUGGGCUGAAGAGCAGAAAUGAAGACACCAGAGCAAAAUCUGCCAAAGAUCUGCAGCACUAUGUGACUACAGAGCUCAGAGAGUUAAGCCAAGAUGAAGCCACUACAUUCUAUGAUGAGUUAAACCACCACAUAUUUGAGCUGGUAUCCAGCUCUGAUGUGAAUGAGAAGAAAGGAGGGAUUCUCGCCAUUGUCAGUCUGAUUGGAGUCGAGGGAGGCAAUGCCACCAGGAUCAGCCGCUUUGCCAACUACCUGCGCAACCUGCUGCCCUCCAGUGACCCAGUGGUGAUGGAGAUGGCCUCUAAAGCCAUGGGCCACCUGUCUAUGGCAGGGGACACCUUUACCGCAGAGUAUGUAGAGUUUGAGGUGAAGAGGGCCCUGGAGUGGCUGGGAGCAGACAGAAAUGAAGGGAGACGCCAUGCUGCAGUGUUGGUUUUGAGGGAGCUGGCUGUUAGUGCACCCACCUUCUUCUUUCAGCAAGUGCAGCCCUUCUUUGACAACAUCUUUUACGCGGUAUGGGACCCCAAGCAAGCCAUCCGAGAAGGGGCUGUAUCUGCGCUGCGAGCCUGUCUCAUCCUCACCACACAGAGGGAGACCAAGGAAAUGCAGAAACCACAGUGGUACAAACAAACCUUUGAGGAAGCGGAGAAAGGCUUCGAUGAGACUUUGGCCAAAGAAAAAGGGAUGAAUCGUGAUGACAGGGUCCAUGGUGCUCUUCUGAUCCUAAAUGAGCUGGUUCGCAUCAGCAGCAUGGAAGGAGAGCGCAUGCGUGAGGAGAUGGAGGAAAUCACGCAGCAGCAGCUGGUCCAUGAUAAGUACUGCAAGGAACUGAUGGGAUUUGGAACCAAGCCCCGACACAUCACACCCUUCACUAGCUUCCAGUCGGUGCAGCCACAGCAGUCAAAUGCCCUUCUGGGCCUGCUGGGCUACAGCACGCCUCAGGGCUUCCUCAGCUUUGGAGCCACGCCAGUACCUGCCAAAAGCUCGCUGGUGGAGAGUCGAUACUGCCGGGAACUGAUGGAGGAGCGAUUUGACCAGGUGUGUCGGUGGGUGCUGAAAUACAGGACCAGUAAAAACCCUCUGAUCCAGAUGACCAUCCUCAACCUGCUUCCACGCCUGGCUGCCUUCCAGCCUCAUACCUUUACAGACCAGUACCUGUCAGACACUAUGGGCUACCUGCUGGCCUGUCUGAAGAAGGAGAAGGAGAGGACGGCAGCUUUCCAGGCUCUUGGGCUGCUGGUGGUGGCUGUCAGGGCAGAAAUCCAGCCCUACCUCACAAAGAUCCUUGAGAUAAUCAAGGCUGCCCUGCCACCCAAGGACUUUGCACACAAGAGGCAAAAGACCAUGCAGGUGGACGCCACAGUGUUCACCUGUAUCAGCAUGCUUUCCAGAGCCAUGGGUCCCAGCAUCCAGCCAGACAUCAAGGAGCUGCUGGAACCUAUGCUGGCUGUGGGCCUCAGUCCUGCACUGACAGCAGUGCUGUAUGACCUGAGCCGUCAAAUCCCCCAGUUGAAGAAGGACAUCCAGGAUGGCCUGCUGAAGAUGCUUUCUCUGGUGUUGAUGCACAAGCCGCUGCGUCACCCCGGCAUGCCCAAAGGCCUGGCUCACCAGCUGGCCUCGCCAAGCCUCACAAACAUCCCAGAGGCCAGUGACGUAGGCAGCAUCACACUGGCCCUGCGCACACUUGGCAGCUUUGAGUUUGAAGGACACUCCCUCACCCAGUUUGUGCGCCACUGUGCUGAUCACUUCCUAAACAGCGAACACAAGGAAAUCCGGAUGGAGGCAGCCCGGACCUGCUCACGCCUCCUUACCCCCUCCAUCCACCUGAUCAGCGGCCAUGUUGUCAGCCAGACUGCUGUGCAGGUUGUUGCAGAUGUGCUCAGCAAGCUGCUAGUUGUUGGCAUCACUGACCCAGAUCCAGACAUUCGAUACUGUGUCCUGGCAUCUCUUGAUGAGCGUUUUGAUGCCCACCUUGCCCAGGCUGAAAACUUGCAGGCUCUGUUUGUUGCACUGAAUGAUGAGGUGUUUGAGAUCAGAGAGCUGGCCAUCUGUACAAUCGGACGCCUCAGCAGCAUGAACCCUGCCUUUGUAAUGCCCUUCCUACGCAAGAUGCUCAUUCAGAUCCUAACAGAGUUGGAGCACAGUGGUGUGGGCAGAAACAAAGAGCAGAGCGCUCGUAUGCUUGGUCAUCUAGUCUCAAAUGCCCCCCGUCUCAUACGGCCAUAUAUGGAGCCCAUCCUCAAGGCUCUCAUUCUCAAGCUGAAAGACCCAGACCCCAACCCUGGAGUGGUCAUUAGUGUCCUUGCGACCAUCGGCGAGUUGGCUCAGGUGAGCGGCCUGGAAAUGAGGAAGUGGAUGGACGAGCUUUUUCCAAUCAUCAUGGACAUGCUGCAGGACUCCUCCUCAUUGGCCAAACGACAGGUGGCGCUGUGGACACUGGGGCAGCAGGUGGCUAGUACAGGUUAUGUGGUGGAGCCCUACCGCAAGUACCCCUCUCUUCUGGAGGUGCUGCUCAACUUCCUGAAGACGGAACAAAAUCAGGGCAUCAGAAGAGAGGCCAUCCGUGUACUGGGUCUUCUUGGAGCUCUGGACCCCUACAAGCACAAGGUGAACAUCGGCAUGAUUGACCAGUCGCGAGACGCCUCUGCUGUCAGUCUCUCCGAGUCCAAAUCCAGUCAGGACUCAGCGGACUACAGCACCAGUGAGAUGCUAGUGAACAUGGGUAACCUGCCAUUGGAUGAGUUUUACCCCGCUGUAGCAAUUGUAACUCUGAUGCGCAUCCUGAGAGACCCCUCACUCUCGAACCACCAUACCAUGGUGGUCCAGGCUGUCACAUUCAUCUUCAAGUCUCUAGGCCUCAAGUGUGUCCAGUUCCUGCCGCAGGUCAUGCCCACUUUCCUCAAUGUCAUCCGGGUCUGUGACGCCAGUAUCCGAGAGUUCCUCUUUCAGCAGAUGGGAAUGGUAGUGUGUUUUGUGAAGAUCCACAUCCGCCCCUACAUGGACGACAUCUUUACCCUCAUCAGAGAGUACUGGACACCAAACAACCCCAUGCAGAACACCAUCAUCCUUCUGAUCGAGCAGAUUGUGGUGGCGCUGGGUGGAGAGUUCAAGCUCUACCUGCCUCAGCUCAUCCCACAUAUGUUGCGCGUCUUCAUGCACGACAACAGCACCGGGCGCAGUGUUACCAUCAAGAUGCUCAACGCCAUCCAGCUGUUCGGUGCCAACCUAGAUGACUACCUGCACUUGCUGCUGCCUCCCAUUGUGAAGCUGUUUGAUGCCCCUGAUGUACCCCUGCAGGCUCGCAAAGUUGCCUUGGAGACACUGGACAGGCUGACAGAGUCCCUGGACUUCACAGACUAUGCUUCUCGCAUCAUCCACCCGAUUGUUCGGACACUUGACAGCACGCCUGAGUUGCGCUCUACCUCUAUGGACACCCUGUCCUCGCUAGUGUUCCAGUUGGGAAAAAAGUACCAGAUCUUCAUUCCCAUGGUAAACAAGGUGAUGCUGAAGCACAGGAUCAACCACCAGCGUUAUGACAUACUCAUAUGUCGCAUUGUUAAGGGCUAUACUCUAGCUGAGGAGGAAGAGGACCCUCUAAUCUUCCAACAUCGCCAGCUUCGCAGUAACCAAGGUGACACUCUGGUCAGCGGACCGGUGGAGGCGGGGCCUAUGAAGAAGCUUCAUGUCAGCACUACAGCACUUCAGAAGGCUUGGGGUGCUGCCAGGAAGGUGUCCAAAGAUGAUUGGCUGGAGUGGCUCAGGCGCUUGAGUGUCGUCCUGCUCAAGGAGUCGUCCUCCCCAGCCUUACGAUCAUGCUGGUCACUGGCCCAAACCUACAUUCCUCUUGCCAGGGACCUGUUCAAUGCAGCCUUCCUGUCUUGUUGGUCUGAGCUGAGUGAGGACCAGCAGGAUGAGCUCAUCCGCAGCAUCGAGUUGGCUCUCACCUCCCAGGACAUCGCUGAGGUUACACAGACUCUGCUAAACCUGGCAGAGUUCAUGGAGCACAGUGACAAGGGACCUCUGCCUCUCAGAGAUGAUAAUGGCAUUGUGCUGCUUGGUGAGAGAGCUGCCAAGUGUCGUGCCUACGCCAAAGCUCUGCACUACAAAGAGCUGGAGUUUCAGAAAGGGCCUUCUCCUCUCAUCCUGGAGUCUCUUAUCAGUAUUUGA